AUUUUUUUCUAGCUCAUUUUUUUCCAUUGUAAGUAAACACAACAUUAUUAUGUGGGGCUCUAUGGCAGCUUCUUACGAGAGUUUUUAUCAUUUUGUUUAUCGUGACUGUAUAGACAAGUAGUUUGACGAUCGUCAGAGAAUGUGGCUCGCUCUGGUUGACUUUCUCUGCACCAUUUCUGUUUUCUUCUUCCAAAUUGUCCAUUGCCAGAAUGGGUUUUGUAAAAACGUGGAGAUGUUUCAAAGCGUGACAUUGGACUGUGAACAGGAAGCGACAUCAACGGACAGGUUUAUACUCUGGAGAUACUUAAAUGGCUCUGGGUCCGCAGAAACAGGCGCAGUAAACUGCUUCUUCAAUGAGACAUGCAGCGUCAUCGACUCCAGCCUCUUCGCUGUCACUGACCUGUCCAGUUCCACACGGGCCAAAACCCAACUAACCAUGAAAAACGCAACCGCAGAUCAAAGCGGUUGGGCCAUAACCUGCUAUGUGUUGGAUUUUCUGAAAGAUCUUUCGGUCUCUCUGAAUUACAAUCUCCUGGUAUACAAGUCGCCAACAGUGGAAUGCACCUCUAGGAUAACCAACGCUUCGACUGUGAAAUUUAGCUGUAUAGUGCUAGACGUGUACCCAAAGAGGAUCCUUUGCCUAUUCUCAUGUGACCAUUCUGAACACCAAAACAUUUCGAUGCAGGUUACAGACUACUCCACCUAUUCACAAUCAAAUUUUUCAUGUCAGCAUUCUCUCCCUUUGAAAAGCUAUGACUGUAAAGUGUCGGUUCUUGCCAUAGAAGCACUGAAUGAUUGUAACUACAGUUUUGAGUUAUACAAUGUGUCUUCCUAUGUGGCUGAAACUGUGCCAAAUUUAAAUGUAGAUAUUUCUAAACAUACUCAGCACUUAGAAACGGCCGAUUUUGGUUUGGACAAAAGCUACUUAAUUUCUAUAGCAGUUGCCAUUGUCGUCAUUCCGGUCAGUAUCUGCACCCUGUAUAUGGUCAUACGACAGCGGCGUAGAAAUAUUAUGCAUUACAAUAGUCGGUCCAUUACACCGAUUCCGGAGUACAUCCAACAAAAUACUAGCCACGAGUUGGUGUCAGCGGGCAACACAACUUACAGCUCGGACGACUGUGAAGAGUGGUGUAUGGAUGACGUCUCUAACAUCUACACCAACAUCGUUUCCGAGCACGACCUGAACGAAAAUGACCGCAUGGAUGAGCCCUCUACACUUCCGUUCCAGGUGGACAAUGCAGAUGGGAACGCUGAGAUUAAUGCUUUCAGCAUGGACAUGUCAUUAAGCGCACCUCCGCCCGUGCCUCACACUAGUUUGAAAAAUGUCCAGGCAGCCUCGCACACGAAAUCGCUUGGUCAAUGGUGCAGCAGAUCAAGGGAACUAAUCGAAGAAAAUACUCAAUUGUUAAAAAUAAACUGUGACCAUGCGAUCGCUAAACCUUCCUCUAGGUAUCAGAAAAUAAACUCCGUCGUUGAAACCAGCCAUCGGGAAUUUCCAAAGCCUUUGAUAAAGGAUUUUGAUGGGCCAUAUAGUCACGAAAACUCCAGAAGCAUUUCCAGCCUUUCUGAUUGCUCGUGCCAAAGUGUAACAUCAAAAAAAUCUCGAGAUCAAGGAAAGAAUUCAUGCAAUUGUCUUGGUGUUAGCAACAGAAGCGUCGACAAACAUUGCAGGCGUAAACAUACAAUUCAGGAAAGAGACGCUUCCAAACGCCAACAAGAAAUUGUUUUUAAUAAACGUUUCGGUCACAAUAAACAAAAGAAACGUCCCUGUCAGCAUAAUGACCAUCGCUCCAGUGGGCAGUAUUCUGCAGUCGAUGUGUCAGAAACGUGUUGCAGCCCCCAUAGAGUCCAGAUAACGCCAGUCAAGGACCAUUGCUGCCAAUGCUCCGAGUUUCAAAGACAGGAACGUCAGCGAGAAAGCACUCAUUUCAUAGGUCGCCAUUGCCAUAGAAACGUUACAAACAAUGAUAAUGAUCAUCCCUGUCGGCAUAGGAAAUACCCGGAUGAGAAUUUUCACGGAGGAAUAUCAAAGGACGGCGCGAAGCGUUUCCAUGAGCAUAUCAGCAGUGCAGAUCUAACCAAACUCCGUUCAGACGACGAAUAUACUGAUAAUGACCAUUAUCCUUUAGAUGAUUUCGAUAUUUACCCUGUUUAUAUUCAAAAACCUCCAUUAAAGAGAGAUACCGGCCAGGUUGGUAGUAACAUUACAUUUAAAGACAAUACGCAAUGCCGAUCAGAUGACCACGAAAGGAUUACUAUCAGUGGAUAUGAUGCCGGACAGUGCUCUAAAACGGUCAAACAUUCUGAAAGCGGUCACUCUGGCCACUGCUGUGAAGAGCAGGCGCAACUCUAUAUUGACCCAUGCUUGUCCCAAUCAUCCAGCGCGAGGUCUAGCAGUAGCGAGAGCAAUGCUUACACAGCAUACACUAGCCGCGAGGAAGUCUCUAUUAGCGAGCGAACAGAUUUACUGCACUGCUCACCUGAUGUUUCAUGAAACUGUACUCUGUAAUCAAUAAUCUUAGAAAACUUUUCACGUGUCAUUGAUGUCCAUAACCAAUCUUGUUACAUAUAGAACUAAAUGUGAGGAAAAAGUGUAUUAGUGAUAAAGUUGUUAAGUUUAAGUUAAGUUUAAAGUGCUUGGCUUUCGAACCGAGAGUUCUCGGAUUCAAAUCUCUGUGAAGACUGGGAUUUCGAAUUUCGGAAUUUUUUAGGACGCUUCUGAGUCCAGCCAGCUCUAAUGGGCACCUGACAUUUGUUGGGCAACGUAAAGGCUGUUGGUCCUUGUGCUGGCCACACGAGACUCUUGCUAUACGUUGGCCAUAUAAACAGAUGACCUUUACAUCGUCUGCCCUAAAGAUCGCAAGGUCUGAAAGGUGUUUACUUUUUUUUUUUUUUUACAUAGUGUUUUCCGAGAAAAACAAAAAAGGUAAAAACCGGAUUUUUAUUGACAUGGUCACUGAGUAGUGGGAGCACUUGGCUGGCAUGAGUUUCCAUCCUGGAUUGAAAUUCUCUUUUUAGUCAUGAAUUGAGAAAAUUGUUCUUCUUAAAAUAAAACUUUAAUCUGUAAUUAAACAUUCCAUAUCAUUAAUCAGAGGCGUCACUACCUGAUGAGAUGGGUGCGGACCAAAAAAAGUAAUCCGUCUUCUCUGGGUUUAACAAUAAAAAUAUUUUUUUAUUCGGAAGUUGGUAUUGAGAAGUGGUGACUGGGAGUGGAUUACAUCAUUGGCUAAGCAGGCCAGUAGAAACUACAGCUAGCGACGCCUCUGGCGUUGAGAAUUGUUGCACUGGACACACAUAAUUAUUUGAGAACAUGAAAUGUUCGUUUCAGUUGCAGUCUUUCUAAAACCAGGGGACUUAAUUCGGAAUAAAAAUUAUAGAAAUGUUGUGUAUUAAUGCAAUUCUUUUGAAAUGCCAACAAUAAAUAAUUAUAUUAAUUUGUAGAUAUAAUUAAUAUGAUCAAUCUUCUCACAUGAAUACAUAUCCUCAACGGGGUUUAUAUAUUACAGUUUCCAAGGAUUUUAUGGAUACAAAAUUUUUUUAGACAAAUUAGGAUUAGACAUUGAAACCACUUUAGCUGUAAUAAAAAUAAGAAAAAGUUUAGAUGACGAAUGCUACAUAAUCUGCAUAUGCAUUAAAUUAUUAUAUACAUGCACAGACCAAACUGAUUAAUUUGCAGGUAUAAUAUUCAUUUAUAUUAAUCUUAGUUGUCUCCCUUGGGUUAUGUUGUAAGAAUACAUUAAUACUCAGGUUACAUUCAGAAAUAUAGCAGUCGUUAGCCGUUUUAUUUUUGUAUUUAAAAGUCUCAAUAUCCUAGCUUUUUAAAGUCCAGACUUGCAUAAAAAGGUUAGUUCAGAAAUUGAUCGAUUUACUUAUCGACACAUUUUAAUGAUCUCAUUUUUCAGUGCACUAUUACAGAAAAUGCACUUUUUUUCUGUAUGUUAUUGCUAUAUUUUUUUAUAUUUUUUUAAUAUUAAUUAUGAAUGCGUUUACUGUAUGGGUGAAGUGGGGGGGCGGGAGUGAUGUCAGUGGUUUGUGUUAUUAAUUGAUUUUUCAUGAUCAGUUUGUCUAUACUUAAAACAUUUAUUAUGUUCAUUACAGAAGGUUUUUUUUUUAUUCUUUAAG